GAUAACAUAUCAUAUCAGUAACAGCCAACCAAACUUUCCUUCUUUCCCAUGGCCGCCGCUGCUCUUCGCCUCACCUUCACCUCUUCUCCAAUCCCCAAUUCACUCCAAACCCCCGCCAAAAUCCCUUCCUUCGAUUUCUUCAAAACCAGACAUCUCCCACCCCCACCCCCUCUCUCCCUCUCCUCCCAAAACUCCGUUUCCCAAUCCCAAUCACUCCCUGCCGAAGAAGACGACCUCGACCUCGACCCUACCGCCGAAUUGAGCUACCUCGACCCGCAAACCGACCCGGACGCCAUUACCAGCUGGGAGGUCGAUUUCUGCUCCAGGCCCAUCCUUGAUGCCAGGGGAAAGAAGAUUUGGGAACUUGUGGUGUGCGACCAAUCGCUCUCACUACAGUACACCAAAUACUUCCCCAAUAAUGUCAUUAAUAGCGUCACUCUCAAGGACGCCAUUGUUGCUAUCUGCGAUGAGCUCGGCCUGCCUUUACCUGAGAAAAUUCGAUUUUUUAGGUCGCAGAUGCAGACCAUUAUCACGAGGGCUUGCGGCGAGCUCGGCAUCAAACCUAUUCCUAGUAAACGGUGUUUAUCGCUAGUUUUGUGGUUAGAAGAACGCUACGAAACUGUGUAUACACGGCAUCCUGGUUUCCAAGAAGGAUCGAAGCCUCUUCUUGCACUUGAUAAUGCCUUCCCAAUGGAGCUUCCUGAGAAUCUCUAUGGAGAAAAAUGGGCUUUUGUGCAGUUACCCUUUUCAGCUGUUCGUGGGGAGAUGACAUCUGUACAGACUGAAUUUUAUUUCGGUGCAAGUUUAGAUUUGGACCUUCUUGGGAUUGAAGUUGAUGAGAAAACAUUGAUUCCCGGGAUUGCAGUUUCGUCUUCGCGGGCUACACCAUUGGCAGGAUGGAUGAAUGGGUUAGAAGUGAGUUCGAUCGAAGCAGAUACAAACCGGGCAUGCCUAAUCUUGUCGGUAGGGAUAUCUUCGCGCUACAUUUACGCGACAUACAAGAAAACAGCAGUGAGCACAAGUGAAGCUGAAGCCUGGGAAGCAGCCAAAAAGGAGUGUGGGGGCUUACACUUUCUUGCUAUUCAAAAUGACUUGGAUUCUGAUGAAUGUAUAGGAUUUUGGCUACUCCUUGAUUUGCCACCUCCACCUGUAUGAUCAUUGAUACAAAAACAUUGAUUUAUAAUAGGGCUUUGUAUCUUUGUAUUUUUCACUUGCACUGUAAGAAACAAAUUAUGCAUAAUGACAGUGGAAUAUAUACAUA